AUGAUGCUUCCCAAAUCCCUCCUCCCUCUCUCCAUCAUCUUCCUCCCAUGCGCCCAAGCAUGUCUCGAAGCUGUCGGCACCCUUUUCGUCUCCCACUCUACCUCCUGGAACGUGCAGCUGAAAGACGACGGCACCCAAACCUGCAGCUUUAACUGCAAUGCGGUGACAACUACCUGCGAUGCAACCUGCAAUGAUGGCUAUAAGGCCAAAUGGACAACGACUACGGAUUGGAGACACCAGCCGGGAAAGCUGCACUACGACACACCUCAUGGAUCAUACGACCUGGACGUGCCAGUUGAGCCCGGCUCAGAAGUGACGUAUAAUUGCUGCGGUGGUAACAACGACACCACCAACAUCUCACUACCCAUCAUGGAGCAGCCUUAUCGAUCCAAAAAGCCACCUGUGACAGACUUUGAGAAUAUUCCGAUCACCGACGUCGCAUCGUUGAGCAGUCCAGAUCGUAGAGAUCGCCAGAGACUAGCGACGGAAAUCUACGAGGCCUACAUACAAGUCGGGUUCUUCUAUAUCAAGAAUCAACUUCCCGAUGCUGCACACCGCGGUCAGAAUAGUGUCUAUUUUAAGUGA